AUGAACAGGGGGAACGAAGCUGAUGGACCACCAAACGAACAGGGGGACGAAGCUGACGGACCACCAAAUGAACAGGGGGACGAAGCUGACGGACCACCAAAUGAACAGGGGGACGAAGCUGACGGACCACCAAACGAACAGGGGGACGAAGCUGACGGACCACCAAAUGAACAGGGGGACGAAGCUGAUGGACCACCAAACGAACAGGGGGACGAAGCUGAUGGACCACCAAAAGAACAGGGGGACGAAGCUGACGGACCACCAAACCAACAGGGGGACGAAGCUGACGGACCACCAAAUGAACAGGGGGACGAAGCUGAUGGACCACCAAAUGAACAGGGGGACGAAGCUGACGGACCACCAAAUGAACAGGGGGACGAAGCUGACGGACCACCAAACGAACAGGGGGACGAAGCUGACGGACCACCAAAUGAACAGGGGGACGAAGCUGAUGGACCACCAAACGAACAGGGGGACGAAGCUGAUGGACCACCAAAAGAACAGGAGGACGAAGCUGAUGGACCACCAAACGAACAGGGGGACAAAGCUGAUGGACCACCAAAAGAACAGGGGGACGAAGCUGACGGACCACCAAACCAACAGGGAGACGGAGCUGACGGACCACCAAACCAACAGGGAGACGGAGCUGACGGACAACCAAACCAACAGGGAGAUGGACCUGACGGACCACUAAACCAACAGGGAGAUGGAGCUGAUGGACAACCAAACCAACAGGGACAUGCAGCUGACGGACAACCAAACCAACAGGGAGACAGGGCUGACGUACCACCAAACCAACAGGGAGAUGGAGCUGACGGACAACCAGGAGCUGACUGA